UUUUGUAGAGUAGUUUUUACUGCUACAACUGCUGAGAGUGGAGCCAUCGGACCAUUCUUCAACACAAACAUCCUCUUUAAAACGGCCAUAACAAAUGUGGGCCAGGCCUACAACCCAUCUACAGGAAUCUUCACUGCGCCUGUUAAUGGCAUUUACUACUUCAGCUUCUUCUGUCACUCCGGAGGAAGUCGCUUCGUAGAUCUCAAACCCAUGAAGAAUGAGGAAUUCAUUGUGGGAAUUUACGACCAUGCGACAAUACAGGAUGGAGCAGAUAAUGCAGGCAAUGCUGCAUUUGUGCAGCUGCAGCAAGGGGAUCGGGUUACUGUGAGAUUAGCUGCAAACACGCAUGUUUGGGGCUAUGGCUCUGUGACCACUUUCAGUGGUUUCCUUCUCAGCUAAGAAUGACAGAUGAGAUAAAGUUUAAAUUAGAUUUGACUAAAAAGUAUCUGUUCUCUGUCAGACAUAAGCCUACCCCCCUUUUAAGCCUGCAUUUUCUCUGCACCUGGGUGAGCAGAACAUGUUGGCUUUGCCCUAUUCACCAAAAUGCUAUUGUUUACUUUAGCUUUCUGUCAGCUUUCUGUGGAAAAAAGUAAAACAUAACUUUGGCUCAAAUUAUUGUUGUAAAUCCUGA